CAAACCCCUCCUCAAAGCCUCCAACAACUUUUGAGUUUUCCAGUCAGUGUUUUCUUGCUCAUAAUAAUGGCGUCCACCCCUUCUCCUAACACUGCCGCCACAGCCCACCUCAAUUCUCUCCUCUCUUCUUCUUCCGUCAAUCACAACAAACCUUCAAAUCUCUCUUUCCUCCAUGCCUCCUCAAAUCCAUCUUCCAUCAAACUCCUUCACUCGUCGUCAUUUUCACCAUCAAUUUCUUCUUCUUCUUCAACGACGGCGAUUUGUAAUGUCCUCAAAACUGUUGAAUCUGCUGACAUCUCCCUCUCUAGAGAUCUUCACGGCGUCGGUUCGACUUCCAAACCAACCAUUCUCGUAUCCGAGAAGCUUGGAGAGGCGGGUCUAGAUUUGCUGAGGAGUUUCGGCAACGUGGAUUGUUCUUACGACUUGUCUCCUCAGGAUCUCUGCGCUAAGAUCUCGCUGUGCGACGCGCUCAUCGUCCGUAGUGGUACCAAGGUGACCCGUGAGGUGUUUGAGGCUGCUCAGGGAAGGCUCAAGGUCGUCGGGAGAGCUGGUGUUGGCAUAGAUAAUGUGGAUCUGCAAGCUGCAACUGAAUUUGGUUGCCUCGUCGUUAACGCACCCACAGCUAAUACUAUUGCUGCAGCUGAGCAUGGAAUCGCUUUGCUCACCUCCAUGGCCCGUAACGUUGCUCAGUCUGAUGCCUCCAUGAAAGCUGGAAAAUGGCUGCGCAGCAAGUACGUGGGUGUUUCUCUUGUUGGGAAAACCUUAGCUAUUAUGGGAUUUGGUAAAGUUGGUUCCGAGGUUGCUAGACGUGCAAAAGGCCUCGGUAUGCAUGUUAUUGCCCAUGAUCCUUAUGCUCCAGCUGACAGAGCUCGUGCUAUUGGAGUCGAUUUGGUUUCAUUUGAGCAGGCCAUAUCUACUGCUGACUUCAUCUCACUCCACAUGCCUCUUACACCUGCUACAAACAAGGUAUUCAAUGAUGACACAUUUCCAAAGAUGAAGAAAGGAGUCAGACUAAUAAACGUUGCUCGAGGGGGUGUUAUUGACGAGGAUGCAUUAGUUAGAGCCCUUGACAGUGGAAUAGUUGCUCAGGCAGCACUUGAUGUGUUCACUGUGGAGCCCCCUCCAAAAGAUAGUAAACUAGUGCAGCAUGAGAACGUUACUGUUACACCUCAUCUUGGAGCUAGCACAAAAGAAGCACAGGAAGGAGUUGCAAUUGAAAUAGCCGAGGCUGUUGUUGGUGCUCUAAAUGGGGAACUUUCUGCUACCGCUGUGAAUGCUCCGAUGGUCCCUCCUGAGGUUUUGUCCGAGUUGGCUCCUUACGUUGUGCUUGCUGAGAAACUGGGUAGAUUGGCAGUACAGCUAGUGACUGGAGGAAGUGGGAUUCAGAGUGUGAAAGUGGUUUACAAAUCGGCUAGGGACCCUGACAGCUUGGACACUAGACUUCUCCGAGCCAUGGUAACAAAAGGCAUUAUUGAGCCUAUAUCCGAUACAAUCAUCAACCUUGUAAAUGCAGAUUUCAGUGCAAAGCAGAAGGGUCUUCGCAUUAGUGAAGAAAGGAUUAUUGUUGAUUCAUCUCCAGAGUACCCUGUUGAGUCAAUCCAGGUGCAGAUUAGCAAUGUGCAAUCAAGAUUUGCAAGUGCGUUAUCAGAGAAUGGAAACAUCAGUAUUGAGGGUAAAGUGAAGUAUGGAGUUCCCCAUCUUACACGUGUUGGGCCAUUUAGCGUUGAUGUGAGCUUGGAGGGUAACCUCAUCCUUUGCAAACAAGUGGAUCAACCUGGUAUGAUAGGGAAAGUUGGGAACAUACUUGGUGAGAGUAAUGUGAAUGUGAGUUUUAUGAGUGUUGGGAGAACGGUGAAGGGAAAGCAGGCUAUUAUGGCAAUUGGAGUAGACGAAGAACCAGACAAGGAUACUCAGAAGAAGAUUGGAGAGGUGUCUGCAGUUGAAGAAUUUGUCUUCCUUAAACUAUAGUCAAUAUUGCUGGCUGAUGGA